CACUCCAGGUUCCGGUGUCAUGGCGACCUGAGGUCCCGGUAGUCGGUGCGGGCUCUGCGGGCCCCUCCCUGCGGAGCGGCGGGUCCGGGCGGGGAUGUGACGGCGGGCGCCGCGGGCCUGCCUGGUGCGUCGUGUCGGCUCGCGUGUCCUCGCCCCAGCCCGCACCAUGGCGGGGUCCGGCUGCGCGUGGGGUGCCGAGCCACCGCGCUUCCUGGAGGCCUUCGGGCGGCUGUGGCAGGUACAGAGCCGCCUGGGCAGCGGCUCGUCGGCCUCGGUGUAUCGGGUGCGCUGCUGCGGCACCCCGGGCUCGCCCCCCGGAGCCCUCAAGCAGUUCCUGCCUCCCGGAACCACCGGGGCUGCGGCCUCGGCCGCGGAAUAUGGUUUCCGCAAAGAGAGGGCGGCGCUGGAGCAGUUGCAGGGUCACAGGAACAUCGUGACUUUAUAUGGAGUCUUUACCAUACACUUCUCUCCAAAUGUGCCAUCCCGCUGUCUGUUGCUUGAACUCCUGGAUGUCAGUGUUUCGGAAUUGCUCUUGUAUUCCAGUCACCAGGGUUGCUCCAUGUGGAUGAUACAGCAUUGUGCCAGAGACGUUUUGGAGGCCCUUGCUUUUCUUCACCAUGAGGGCUAUGUCCACGCAGACCUCAAACCACGAAACAUACUGUGGAGUGCUGAGAAUGAAUGCUUUAAGCUAAUUGACUUUGGGCUUAGCUUCAAAGAAGGCAAUCAGGAUGUAAAGUAUAUUCAGACAGACGGCUAUCGAGCUCCAGAAGCAGAACUGCAGAACUGUCUGGCCCAGGCUGGCCUGCAGAGUGAUACAGAGUGUACCUCAGCUGUUGACCUGUGGAGCCUCGGAAUCAUUUUACUGGAAAUGUUCUCAGGCAUGAAACUGAAACACACAGUCAGAUCUCAGGAAUGGAAGGCAAACAGUUCUGCUAUUAUUGAUCAUAUAUUUGCCAGUAAAGCAGUGGUGAAUGCCGCAAUUCCAGCCUAUCACCUCAGAGACCUUAUCAAAAGCAUGCUUCAUGAUGACCCAAGCAGAAGGAUCCCUGCUGAGAUGGCAUUGUGCAGCCCAUUCUUUAGCAUUCCUUUUGCCCCUCAUAUUGAAGAUCUGGUGAUGCUUCCGACACCAGUGCUUAGACUCCUCAAUGUACUGGAUGAUGAUUACCUUGAAAAUGAAGAUGAAUAUGAAGAUGUUGUAGAAGAUGUAAAAGAAGAGUGUCAAAAAUAUGGACCAGUGGUUUCUCUGCUUGUUCCAAAGGAAAAUCCUGGCAGAGGACAAGUCUUUGUUGAGUACGCAAAUGCUGGUGAUUCCAAAGCUGCUCAAAAAUUGCUGACUGGAAGGAUGUUUGACGGAAAGUUUGUUGUGGCUACAUUCUACCCGCUGAGUGCCUACAAGAGGGGAUACCUGUAUCAAACCUUGCUUUAAUCAGUAACCUAAGGACUGUUUCCUGUUUCUCCUCUUCCAUUUCUUGAAUUACUAUAUUCCACAGCUGAAUGCAGGAGCACCCCUUUACCCAUUUUAAAGGGUACCUUGUACAUUUAUUUAAUCCUACUAAUGUGCAGCCAUUGCCCAAACAGUGACUGCAUUGCAAACAUUGGCACUGAGUAGGACAAGACCUCUCAGCUAUACAUUGAGGGGGUUAGAGCACCCAUGUGGGCACCCUUUGUUUGUGCAGUAGGACAGGUGCUGCUCUUUAGUAUGUAACCUAAAAGAUGUCAUUUCAUGUGGUGAUGAGGCAAAGAUGAGUAUUUGUCAUAGUGAAUUUUAUUAUCAAGUUUGUUAGGGUUGGUGACAUCACAGAUUAUUUGUUCAUAUUGUCAGGUGUAUCUCAUUGUUGUUCUAGCUGGCACUGGAUGCUCUAAUAAUGUUAAGUCAUUGUCAAGCAGCAGUUACCAACCAUGUUCUUAACAAUGAGUUGUGAAUUUUUCUAAGGGAGUACUGUAGGACUUAAUAUUCUUCUGAAGAAACUGCAGUGAGCCUAUUGACAUUUUUAAAAUUACUAUUAAGGCUUUUAAAAUAGAAAGCUGAUGCUUGAUCUUGCACAAUUUUUAUGUCUAGUGUGUAUGCUUGAAUGGGUGUGUGGGUGUGAAAGAAUAGAGAAAUUUGAGUCAGUGUACUUUAUAGUGUGAGUCUUGUGAGCUAAUACAGUCUAUAACCAUUUCUUCCUACCUGUUUCACACUUGUGAGACUUGAAAUAUAGGUUUCUUGAAAGUUGGUCUGACUGAUAGAAUGUAAAUGACAAAACAGUUCAUUCCUGUAAAGUGCAGAACAAACUGGAGUCUAGACCAGGGUUACAUUGAAACUCUUCAAAGUGACUGGAACAAAAAAGAUUUUGGUACCUGUAAAUUAUCCCAUUCUUUGGUCUACUCUAGACCCAAGAUCGACUUAUCUGUUUUGUACUGAACCUCUUGUGAUAAUUAUAAAAUUUCUCCAGAUAAUGUUUUUUUUUUUUUUCUGUGAAAAUGGCAAAUUGAAGUGGAUUGGAAAAACAGUUACGUGAAGGGAAGAGAGAAAAGUAAAGAAGGCAGCUAAUCACGGGUCCUUUCAUCCUCCCUGGUCCUCCCUGCUGCCCUGUCACCUUCACUGCCUCUCCCCUUUGCCUCUGUCGGCACCGGAGGGCAGUGCCCCUGCCACCUGGCUGUAGGGGUUAAAGGAAGGCUGAGCUAUUAGGAGGUGGAAGUAGAAAGGAAGGAAAACUCAGUUGUCCUAAAAGCUCCACAGCAAUGGAAUGUGCCCUUGAUCAGAGGCGCCUGUUCUCAUGAGUUUGUGGGCACAGGCUGACUGGCUUGAGAAUUGUGAGCAUGGAGUCUUCUUACUGCAGUAGAUUGCCUUGAGAGGUGUUAACUUAGGAAACCUUUGUAAAGCACUGAUUAUACAAGACAACCCACAAAGUGUACACCAGUUAUGAAGUUUUCCUAUCUCCUUACCCGAAUGGAAGUUUUAUUUAUUCUUCCUUAGGGAAGAGUGUGUGUUUCUUUCCCUCGUGGCAGCUGCUCAUAGUUUUCUCAUGUCCAUGCCUGCAAGCUCCUGAAGCUCCAUUAAAUUUUGUAUUUUAGAGGAUGAGUUAUUUUACCCUGUUCAAACAUACACUGUCCAACAUUUGUUAGUAAAAUCAAAUUAUUCAGAGCUCCCUCUUCUGAUGUUAAACUUGUUAUACCUAGUGGUCUUAUGUCAUGGUCCCUGAUGUUCCUUAGAAAGAAGGAUCUUUCAGGAGUUGAUUGGGUGGUUGGUUUCCAAGUCAAAAUUGAAGAGCGUAGAAUCAGUACUAUGAAGCCGUAAGGUUUCCUAAAACCUAAAUAUAUAUUCCAGGAGCUGCUGCUUUGGUCACAGGGUACAGUGAAUUCUUCUGAAGGGAAAGUAUGGUCAGCACAUGUUCCCCAUCUCAUAAAAAGAUCCUUGCAAAUGAACUGCAGAUAGGCUUCCGAGUUUUGUCAUGCAGUAUGCUGCUAACGUUUCUGCACUUACAGCAGUCUGAUCCUUAUUACUGCAAAUGUAUUCAUAAAUAUAUGUAGCAUUUGACACUGUAGACUUAUUACAGAAGAUGAUUUUAAGGGAGCUAAGGAAGUAAAUGACUAGGCCAAAUAAUUGCAUUGAGUUAAAUAUUUUAUAUUGACGCCACAGAAUUGAAAACAAAAUAUAGCCUUCUAUGAUUUAAACCAUUGUUUGAUAGCUCUUAGCCCACUUACUAAAGAGGACAGCUGCAGACUCUUCCUCCUGAUACUAUGAGGAUUUUCAUUUUCACAUCUUUCUUAAACUAGGACCAAAUAUUAUAAAAGAUGCAAUUUUCACAGUAAAUAUAUGCACAGGAAUUUUACUUCUUUAAGUUAUUAAAAGUCUAGAAUUCCCAUAUUAAGAAGCAAGGUAAAGAGGUCAAGGUUCGUGUCUUGCCCCCUCUGGGGGCAGGGUUAUCUCAGGUAGUGUUUCUUCCCUGUUAGCAUUUGCGCUUCCUCCCUCUUGCCAUCCCUCUCCCUUCUUCACUCUUCCAUUUUGUCCCAGAUAAGGCAUAGAAGCAAUUGCCCCCUGGGAAAUUUCGGGUUCUUUAGAAGUAUUUGGAGGAGGUGGCUAGUAGCCAUGAUGAAAAUUAUAAUAGUGUAUUUAGAGGGGAAUAAGGUUGGGCAUGUUAGUAAGGUGUCUGUUGUCACUGGAUACCCUCCUUCCUUGGUGGCCAUUGGCACAGUGGCUCUCUCUGGGAAAUAUCCCUUUCUGCUGUCUUCUUGAGCUAAAUAAUGGCUGCCUUUGGAAUCAAAUGAUUAACAUAGUUUUACUCAUCUGUCUCUGUUUUAAUUGAGAGAAGUGUGGCCUUUUCUUUCAUUUGUAGCUGCUAAAGGGUGUUGAGCUAGUUAAUAUGCCACCAACCAUGCUGCCACCUAGAGAGGUGUGGAAGAAUUGCAGACAUUAGGCUUCUUUCUGUCUUACUACACUGGACUCUCCCUCAGGUGAGGGUGUCAGUUAUGGAAGAACUUAAAGGGGGGUUUAGAAUACUCCUCAGAAGCUGUUUCGUGGUUCUUUUGAAUUUAUUUAUCAAAGGCAGCUGGCUGACAGUUGUCAUCAUUUUUGGUAGUUUUCACUCUGACUUAUUAGGCUUAAUGUACAUAGCAUUUUAUUUUUCACCAGUUAUUGAAAAUGAGCAUCAUCAUAACUGCUGAUAAUUAGAACAGCAUAGUGGGUGAAGGAACUCUGUCAGGGAAACACUUGUAACUGUGUGGUUUACCUAGACUCUCACUCAUAGGGUACAGGCUGGCUAUUUUAUUCAGAUUAGGGUACAGAUAGGAUUACAUCGUGACUUUCCAUCUGUUAGAUGUGUAGCUAGCUCAAGUUAUGAGCAAGUGCCUUGUGUUUCCUGGUGAAUAUUAAACCUCAUCUGGGCAAUAGCUCCAGGUGAUUACUGCACUGUCACCUUCUUCUUAGAAUAACUUGGAUUGAGUCAUGUGAGUUCAGAAUUUCCUUGGCUUACUUAAAACAUACAUAUGUAUAAAACUAUUCCUGUUUGAUUUACCUCAGUAUUGCAUGUUGACAGAAAGGCCAGUUCUAAUUCUGGGCUCUCGCUUCACCGCUUAGGUUCCUUCCUCAGAUCUCAUUGCUCCAGCUCUCUAUUUGCUGUAAUUGUGGUCACAUAGUGACCAGUGAUUGGUCACUGCUAGAUCAAAAAUUCCUGUUUCUUGAGGUGCUCAGCAUUCACCUUUCUAUUGAUAGGGGUUUCUUUCCACUUGGUAUUACUAGCUUCCUCAAAGAAUACACGGAUCCUGGGUCUCUGUCAUGUGGAGCUCAUCUGAGUAUGUUUAGCCUUUAGAUUCUUAAUCAUGGGGAAGCUUGGCUAUUUUAGUUUUUAGAGUGGCCCCCACAUUGGAGGUUUUUCCUUUCUUCACCUGACACCACAGGAUGAAUCAUCUUUUUGUCCUCGACACAUCCCCAAGAUGGUGUUCCCUAUGUUUAAAGUUGUCUGAUGACUAAUGCUUCAGACCAUGACAAGCAGUUGGCAGGUACUAGAUAAAUAAGAAGGUAAACAGCUUAGACUAUUUUUGCUAUGACUUUAUAAAAGAAAUGAGCUGUCAAGGAAAUACAGAUAAGCGUGUAGGGUAAAGAGAUUUUUGGAGACAGGGUUUCACGGUGUCUAAACUGGCCUCCACUCAGGAUCUCUGUCUCAGCCUCCCAAGGGCUGCUUAUCAUCACAGGUGUGCGCCAUCAUGCCCAGCUCUUUUAGGAAACUAUUUUAUAGAUGGUCAUAAAGGUAAUUUUUCAGGAUAUAAAACAAACUCAAAAGUUUACACGAAUUCUGUUGUCCUGAUAAAAACUAUUGAUUUUCUAUUAGCUUAGCACUUUCCCUGUUUUUGUGCUGCUUAUGGGAAUGGUUGCUUUAAAUUUGCUGUAUUUGUGCCUUUCUGAGAGUCAUAAUCAUAACAGUUGUGUUUCUUGGCACUAUUCCAAAUGCUGGCGUCCUGGGAACCUCUCUAAACUGGGUAGCUGUCACAACAAUGUGAAGAAAAAUUGGUGGGUCCUUUGACGGUGGUGUGUGUUUUGUGAACUGAGUUCCUAGUGCUUACUGAAAAGGCAGCAAGACGUGCUCUUGUUUUCCUUUCGUGGCCAUUAAUCUCUACUUCUUUGUAUAAUGAAAGCAAGUUACAUUCUGAGAAGAAAACUGGAAUUGUUUGCUUUUUUGUUUGUUUCUUACUGAGAAACUUGUGUAACAAGCAGGCUACUACCACCUUCAGCCACUGAUCAGUAAGUGAAUAUAUAAUCAUUCUUUAAAAUCCUCCAUUGAAGGGCUGAAGAGAUGGCUUGGGGGUUAAGAGUACUGGCUGCUCUUCCAGAGGACCUGGGUUCAAGUCCCAGCAUCCACAUGGUAACUCACAGCUCCAGAUCCAGGAAUCCAACACCCUCACGCAGACAUACAUACAGGCAAAAACAGCAGUGCACAUAAAAUAAAGAUAAGUAAAAUCUUUGCAUGAAAUCACUUCCCUUUUCUCUGUCAGCUCCUCAGAAUCUCUUCAGUUACUUGAAUUACCUUUAUUAUGUUCUUUUAUUAGGUGGGUCACCAGAGGCUGUCGAGUUAAGAGUAAGGAAGAGAACAAUUAAUAUGAAUAGAGAAAAGGAAGAAAGUAGCUCCAUUACUGGCAUUAGUAAUCUUCCACAUACAGUUCAUGAUCUAAAAAUCUAUACUUGUUACCUAUGGCAUAAAAACAUUGUCUUUCUUACACAUUCCUCAACCUUGUUUCCCUAGGAGAUAGUUGUCAGGUUUAUGAGGCCAGAUUAAGUCUCCAUAGUCAGUUUGUCCUAAUUUUUUAAAGUAUUUGAAUUUCAACCCUUGUGCAUUUGGGGUUCACUACUAUUCUUACAAAUUGAGGCUCAGAAGAAAACGGGGGGCCAGGCAUCUCUGUCUUCUUUUGCACAUGGGGUGGAUAGCGUUAGUGUGCACUAACUGCAGAGUUACAGCACCUUGUGAAAAGAAGUAUAAGUAGUGUUUAUUGUUAUAGGAAAAAAAUCCUUUAAUCUGCACUUCUGUAAUUAGCAGAAUAUAAAUCUGUCACAUCUUUUCCAUCAGAAUUUACUUUUUAUUAUUCUUUUUUGAAAAAUCUUAAAAUACUCUAACAUUCCUUAAAUCUCCUAAGUAGUUCAGAUCUGGGGUAGAAGGCUUUUUUCCCAUCCUAAAAAGGGCUCUGACUUUUCCAUCUUUUUUGUCACUCUUAGAAAUCCAUUUAUGAUCUGGUCUCCAGACUAUGUCAGCACUGGAGUGAUUGGUUGGGAAUAUGAAAACCUACUGUUUUCCCUUGCAACAUGGAAUUACUGUUUUGGGCAUAGGAGGUCUGGUUUAAAAAAAAAAAAAAAAAACAUGUGAAAGGUCACUUAAACCAAAGCCAGUUCUAAGGAGUGUUCGCUCUGUUGGUUUAUCUUCUCAGAGUGACAGGAGCAUUACAGUGUGCAAUGAGUAGUUGUCUGUGACAUUUCUACCCGGUAUUUCAAUAGUGUGUUGGUCUUGGCAUUUCUUGAUGCUAUGAUUCUGCUUUUUGUGAUGUUUUACUGCUUAUGAGUGGUUGGGCUUUUGUUGUUGUUCUGUUCUAACUAAUUGGAACUAUAAAUGUAGAUAGAUGUGCUUUAGUACCAAGAUGCUCUUUUUCCAAAUCCCUAAAUCUCUGAUUUCUACACCACUCCUUCACAUGUCUGUUUUCUUGCUGAUAGCAGAGGACUUUAUCUCCACCUCCCUAUAAAGUGUGAGCACUGUGUUUCAGCGAGCUGUCUUGCGGGCUUUUGCUGAAAACUUCUUUGUAAACACAAUUGCCUUGUUCAGUUUUGUUGUAAACUGACUCACCAUACAAUGCACUGUUGAUAGCUUCCUGGUAUGUGGUGGAUAAGAGUGAUAAAAAUAAAGCUUACAAAGAAAAGAAA